AUGCAUCAUCGACUGUGUUUGAAAAUAGGGCGGAAUGUGAAUGUUUUUAUAAGAUUAUUUACCAUUGUUUUGCAUAUUAUACAUUAGAAACACAUGCAAGAGUUCAGAAACAUCAAUAAACUAUACAAUGGCAUGAACAGUCAAGUGCGGAGAUGUCCAGAUCGGACGCAAUAAUAACGAAAACUCCGACAACUUUCCUAGUGGAUCGCGUUGGUCAGUGUCCUCAAAUGUCAUUUUUAUGUGUUUUGCAUCGGUUAAAAUCAUCAGAUGCGGUUAAGUCUUAUACUGUACCAAUCACUAUCAUAUAAUGUCACACAAUAAACAAGAUAUUGUACGACAGCCACCGGUUGCACCCCCUCCUAAGCCCCAAAAGGAUCAUAAUCAACAAAAACAUUGGAGUCAAAGAAUACAGGAAACGGUUGUUUCAGCUCUACCUGAAGGAGAAUUUGGAAUACAUCUUAAAGGCGGAGCAGAUAAUGGACAGUUCUGUUAUAUAUCUGAACUUAAAUUAUCACAGUUAACUUUCCAUAAUGGAAAAUUAUAUGUUGAUGAUAUUAUUCUUGAAAUUCAAGGACAGAAAAUUGCUGGAUAUACUCUCAGAGAUGCUACAAUAUGGUUAAAGCAAGUUGGUCAAAAUGGAGCACCAAUUAUGGUGAAAACUGUUAAAAUAGGUCUUUUACCAAGAGAUUUAAAGCAAUACUUAGCAGCCAGAUUCCAGAAAGGUUCAGUUGACCAUGAUUUACAGCAGACCAUAAGAGAUAACUUGUAUUUAAGAACAGUUCCUUGUACAACCCGUAAGCCUCGACCAAAAGAAAAAAAUGGGGUGGAUUAUACCUUCUUGUCAAUGGAAGAAUUUCUACAUCUGGAGAAAGAAGGAAAACUGCUAGAGAGUGGAGUUUAUGGUGGAAAUCAUUAUGGGACACCUAAACCUCCACAUGAACCUAAAGGACCUCUUUUACGAAGAACUGGAUCUGUCGGUCAAGUUGCAGAUAAGAGGAAAAGAACCAGGAGCAUUGGAGAUCCUGGAUCAGCAAAGUCAUCCCCUAUUCCAUUCCAUGAAGAAAUUUCGAGAAAAAAGUCGCUGGAAAGAGCUCACAGUUCUACAGAUUUAGGUCCACUGCCACCAAACUGGGAAAUGGCUUACACUGAUGAUGGCCACCCAUACUUUAUAGAUCAUGAUACAGAAACAACCCAUUGGUUAGAUCCCCGAUUAUCACAUCUACAGAAACAGACUGCUAUGGAUUGUAACGAUGAUGGAAGUGUUAAUUUAGAAGAACUUCCCUUUGGUUGGGAGAAAGUAGAAGAUCCACAUUACGGAACAUACUACAUCGAUCAUGUUAAUCGAAGAACACAAUAUGAGAAUCCUGUAGCACAAGCAAAGAGAACUCAAGGAAAUGAUUUAAAUAGUACUCUACCUAGAACAAAGAAAAGUCAGGAUUCUGCCAAACGCUCUACAAGUGAUUCCAAUAUGAUGAACCACCAUAGAGGAGCACCUCCAGACUACAGUCAGCAUGGAAAAGCUCUGAGGGGACGCAAAGAUCCAAAGAGAGUUUUCACAAAGAUUCCUGAUGAACUUAAAGGCCAAAUAGUCAAUACAUCACUAGUUAAAAGUAUAAGAGGAUUUGGUUUUACCAUUAUUGGUGGAGAUCAUUCUGACCAGGAAUUUCUACAGAUUAAGAAAGUUGUAGAAAAUGGCCCAGCAUACUUAGAUGGUGUACUUCAGACAGGCGAUGUAUUGGUUUAUGUGGAUGAUAAAUGUGUGUUAGGAUAUUCUCACCAAGAUAUUGUUAAUUUAUUUCAAACUAUUGAACCUCUUCAAAGAGUUAGCCUUUCUGUGUGUCGUGGUUAUUCAUUACCAUUCGAUCCCGAUGAUCCGAACACGGAAAUAAUAGUGACAGUGGCUGUGUCGCUGCCUUCGGGUGACUCACCAUUUGUGCUUGCACCACCAAGUUACGCAUUUCAUCAGGAAAACCACCCGAAUUCAGGUAUGAAUUUUACCUCAGCAAAUAACCCUAAAUCAUUACCUGAUUUAACUAGGUCUGUCAAAUCAAACUCAGACAAUUCUCUACAUGGCAGUGGUGGAGGUGGCAGCAUACGUAACGAUAACGCACCAGACGUUUUAGAUUCUUCAUCUUCCAAAGUGGAAACAUUGACGAUGCACAUUGUGCGCGGUGAAAUGGGUUUUGGUUUCACGAUUGCUGAUAGUGCUUUCGGACAGAGAGUGAAACAGAUUCUGGAUAAACCGCGAUGUAAGGAUUUACAGGAGAGUGAUAUUCUACAGGAAAUAAAUAGUGUCAAUGUCAAGAACAUGUCUCACUCACAAAUUGUUCAGGUUCUAAAGGAAUGUCCUAAAGGGGUGGAAACAAAGAUAGUCAUCCAGAGAGGAGGUGUUCCACUAAGAAGUAGAAAGCCUUCAAACCAAGGGACAAAGUCAGAAGGAAAUACAUCUGAUACCAGCUUCAGUAGUAAUCCAGGUGCUUUCUUUUUUAAUGAAGAUAAACAGACAUCAGGCCAUAAUCGGUUUAUGAAUGGUGGAAUUGACAGUAAUAAAGAAAAUCACGACAUGAUCGAUGGAUCAAAGCCAGCAAUACCAAGCAGACCUAAAACUCCAAACCAAUCAGAUUCUAGACCAAAAACACCGACAGACAGACCUAAAACACCAACUCGGACAUUAAUUGAAGAUCAUGGGAAACCACCUUUAGGCAAUAGACACAUGGAAAUGUUUAGUACUCACAAUGAUUUAAGGAGAGAUAAUGAUGAAAUUCGAGAUUUAGGAAGUCAGGGUCAGGACUUAAAUCAGUCAAGGUCAUCAUCAGAAUUUUAUGACAUUAAUACCAGGCCUCCUCCUGGUCCUAGAUACGACCAGUAUCGUAACGAGCAACGAACAUUUAGACCGGAUACAUUUUCUAGGAGUAAUAGUGCUGCACAAUUCAAUUCUCAUGAUAGGGAAAGGGAAGUAACAAAGCCAGGGAUGUUCAGGAGUAGAACCCCUGGUCCAGAUAUGUUACAUCGGGGCCAUGGGCCUGAUUAUAGAGGAGAUCAUCAGAGACCUAAAACUCCUACAGCUCAGGACAUGAGGAGUAAAACACCUUUACCUGGAUCUUCUUAUAAUUACAGUGACAGAGGAGGAUAUCAAAACAAUACAUUUGGUAUGAACGGACCUUCACGACAAGGGUUUGGACAACAGAGACAGUGGGGGUUCAAUAACUACCCCGGAUCUCCUCCUACAGUAAGGAGGGGUGGGGAUGAUUAUCAGGAUCCUUAUAAAAAUAAUUUUAGUACUUUUUCACAAAAGGGUGCUGGACAUCCGUCUCGUCAAAGUACUUCAUUUGAGGAUGUCAAUCCUACGCCUAGUAACUUAACUCGUGUUCCAAAACGUUUACCACUUCAGUCAAAUUCUUCAUUCAAUAGUCAGUAUUCAAGUUCCCCUCGUUUACCUCCACGUAUGAGUAAUCGUGAGGAAGCAGUUCGUGUGGCAGAAUAUUCUGUGACUUUAAGUAGACAGGACAGUGGAUUCGGUUUUAGAAUCAUAGGGGGAACAGAAGAAGGAUCACAGGUGUCCGUUGGUCAUAUUGUCCCUGGGGGUGCUGCUGAUUUAGACACACGCAUUAGAACAGGUGACGAAAUCACUCAUGUCGAUGGCAUUUCAGUGCUCAAUUCUACACAUCAGCGAGUUGUACUGCUGAUGACAAAUGCUGGAACCACAGGUCGAGUAACGCUGGGUCUUCGGCGCAGAAUUUUAGUCUCAGGAGAAACGUCAUACAAUGGAAUGAGUGAGGUUUAUGACAUCACAGUGAACCGACGAGAGACAGAAGGGUUUGGUUUUGUCAUCAUCUCCUCUGUAACCAAAUCUGGGUCGGUUAUAGGUGAGUUCAUCGACGGUGUCAGUGAUUGGUUAGAUAGGAUAAAUCUCUAUCCUUGGAUUGGUCGAAUUUUAGAAAACAGUCCUGCAGAAAGGUGUGGGAGGCUGCAUGUAGGGGACAGAAUACUGGCCGUUAAUGGAGUUGAUAUCUCAUGCAUGCACCAUGAAGAAAUAGUUAACCUGAUUAAGGAAGCUGGAUAUUCUGUAACACUGACUAUAGGGAUUCCCCAGGAUGAUGCUUCAAGUACUACAUCAAAUUCUCAAAAGGGUUCUCAGGGCUCAAUGGUAAAUGCAAUGGCUUAUCCCACUUCUAAUGAUACUAAUAUGAGAAGGUAUCCACCACCGCCAUUACCAGGGGAUAGAAUGAAAGAAAUCAAUAGACAGCGUAGUGUGUCUAAUCAUCAGCAUUCAGAUGAGGAGGAAUAUUUAGUUGUUGAACUUCAGAGGGGCUCCAGAGGGUUUGGUUUUUCAAUACGUGGAGGGACAGAAUUCAACAGUAUGCCUCUUUUUGUAUUACGGAUAGCAGAAGAUGGCUCUGCUGAUAUGGAUGGCAGACUAAGGGUGGGAGAUCAGAUUUUAGAAAUAAACGGGUUCAGAACAGACAAUAUGAGUCAUUCUGAUGCUAUAGAUGUUAUACAGAAUGGAGGAACAAAUGUUAGGUUACUGAUUAAACGUACAGGAAAACUGCCUCCAAGUUUUGAAAAUAAUCCUGUCAGCAAUCGUUAUGGACCUUCAGUGACAGCACCAAUGUCAAAUGGACCAAUAGGUCAAAGUUCACCUUAUCUAGGUCGCAGAACUUUUGACCCUCGUGAUGAACAGCAAUUCUACAAUUAUAAUCGACAGUAUAACUAUUAAUACUCUGGGUCAGUACGGGGACAUUAUAACAAUCUGUGAUAAAUCAUGUUUGCAUCAUGUGAUUCAGUCAUGUGACAUUUUGUACACAAAUCAUGUGAUUUAGUCAUUAAAUGUAUAUUGUCUACACAACUAAUGCAUCAAUUUACAAGGUCAUGUGAUAAACUAAUACAAGAUCACAUGAUUUUGUCAUGAUAUUACAAUGUUUUGUUUAGUGAUUAUCAUUCAUGUUAUAGUAUUUUUAAUCAUUUAAAUGGCUGUUAUUUUUUAACUAGUCUUGUUUGGAAUUUGGUUGUAAUUUUUAAAUCUAGUUCAUUUACAACUAGCUUAAGGCAUUUUGUGGGGGGAGUGUAAUGUUAGGGUUUUAAAUGAAACUGUUAGUGCUAUUUUUAUGCAAAUGACUAUGCAAGUUGUGAUUAUUAUUUUGUAUUAGAUUUGCUUGUGGUUGUGUUUUAAUAAAAAUACUAUAAGGUUGACAAAUAUAGUUUUUACAUCAAAUUAUUUCAAAAUAUUUUAUAAUUUUUAUUUGGAUACUCAUAUAUGACUGACUUAUUUCAAAUAAACUUGAAAAAUAAUAAUAAAAAAAAAAGCAUAAUUGUGUUUCAAACAAUGCAUUCAAAUAAAUUGUGAAAUUUGUUAUUUCUUUUAGUGUGCCAUUUAACUAUAGCAUUCCAAAUUUUGUCCUGAUGUUCCUUUAUAAGUCAUUAUUUUUCUUUGUUAAUAACUUAGUCAAUAACAGUCGUUGUUUAAAUUCUUGUUCUUCAAUACACAAUUGCUCUUCCCUACAAUUGUAAUAUAUAGUAAAUAGUUAUAAUCAAAACAUGUUUAUUUACCAUUUUGCAUUUACAAAUUUUAUUUUUUCAUUGUAAAGUUUCAUAUAUAUAUGCAUAUUUAUAAUGCAGAUCUAUGCAUGAAAAAAAAUACAUAUCUAUUAUUAUUAUUCUUAAAACAAAUGUUAAUUUAUAUAUAUUUGUUUUUUAUUUACUGUAAUAAUUGUAUGAGGUUUAGGAUUUACUAAUAUGAACAGGGGAGUUAAAAAUUUAUAAAAAAUAUCUGUACUAAGAUAUAUUUCAUUAAUUCAUUCAAGCAAUUAAAAUGAAUAUCCAGAAAUGAUUAUGUAGCAGACUUUUAUACCAGGAAGUAUGAAACAUCUUUAUAAUAAUAUUGAUUUUUCAGGAGAACUGAGUGAUGUUCAUUUAAACUUACAUGAUACACAGGGAUAUCAGUCUGAUAAUGGCGUACAAUAGAAGUAUUUCCUUCUGAGUACUGGUUUCAUUAGAUAUGAUUUCUGUCCCUGGAUGUCUCCUGUAUGUUUAUAUGUAUCAGUUGGAUUUACAGUGUAAAGCAAUUAUACUAUAUAUGUUAUAUUAGCAGAAAAUGAUGGUUUAAAAUAAUAAAUGAGGGAGGGAAUUAGGACUGUUCCAGAAUUAAACACAUGGGAGGCACUUUUUAAGACCAUGACCACCAAUAAAAUAAAAAAAAAAAAAAUCAUUUUACUUGUCACUUUUACAAAAUUCUAAGGAAAAUGCAACCACCCAUAUUUUAUUAAUUUGAGUACCCCCCCCACAUUCCUCCACCAUAUAAACUUUGAAACAGUCCUUACAAUAAUAUUAGUAUAUAUGAUGUUUUUCUUUUAAAACUUUUGUGCUUAUUGGAAGGAGCUAUUUAUGGUUGUUGAUGGUAGAGGGGCAUUAUGUUUUUCGGUCUGUGCUUCCGUUCGUUUGUCCGUCUGUCCAUCUGUCCCGCUUCAGAUUAAAGUUUUUGGUCAAGGUAGUUUUUGAUGAAGUUGAAGUCCAAUCAACUUGAAACUUAGUACACAUGUUCCCUAUGAUAUGAUCGUUCUAAUUUUAAUGCCAAAUUAGAGUUUUGACCCCAGAUUCACGGACCACUGAUAGUGCGAGUGGGGCAUCCGUGUACUAUAGAUACAUUCUUGUUUUUGUAUCUUUUAAAUCUGCUGUCUGGAUUUGGGAUAAUACCAAAAAUAAAGUUUUUGUAUCAUUCAUUCGGUAGAUGUUUUUUUCAGAGGAAAAUAAUUAUUUUUAAAUACAGAAGAGAAGCAAAAUGAACAUUGAUAGAAAUGAUAAAACAGCUUAAUUUGUCACAUCAUUUGUACUACUUUUCGACAAACCUGUAAAUCUUACUAUAUAUAAAUAUAUGUUCUCCAGAAAACUGUGUAGAUCUGACUACCUACCAAUACAUGUUGGUAAUUAUAAAGACUUGUUGGUCCAGCUAUUUACUAGUAUAUAGUGGUAUUUAGAUAGAUUUGUAGAUCUGACUACUUACCACAAUAAAUACUAUCUUGCCAAAAUCUGACUGUGAUGAAUAGAUAUAGUCUGCUUCAAAUAGAAAUCACAAUAAGUUGUUCUUGCACUAGAUAUAAAUGUAUAGAUUUUUAAAUUCUUUUCAAUUAUGUCAGUUCUCUUUCAUUGCUACUUACACAAUACAGCAGAUCCACAUAUCUGUUGUGUGAAGAAAAUGUUUCAAUUAUUCAAAGUUAUCAAUACCAAAACUUGUAAUCCAUAGUUUAUGAUACUGUAUCAAAAUUUGGAGAAUAUCAUGUGUUCAGAAAAAAACAAAUAAUUAUAUGCAUGUGUAUAGUUGUCAAUAUUAUGUGUUUUAUUUAGAACACAUACCAAAGGAAAUAUUAGUGUAGGUGUAACUAAGGAUAGACAUAUAUAUAUUUGACCAUUUAUAAUCAGAUUGCAUAUGGAGCAAAAUUUAUAUAACGUAACUGUUUUUGACAAUUCUUAUAAAAGACAACAUACCUAAGAAAAUGUUUCAAACAAAGGUCUAGGUUAAGAUUGAUGGUUGCUUGUUUCAAGUUCAAUGACUCCAGUAAAAGAUAUGCAUUAUAUAUAAUUUGGAUACAUAAUAGGGGAGAGAAUUCUUGUUAGUUAGUCCUUUUUUCUGGGGAGAUAACUCUAGUAAGUCAAUCCUUUAACACAAAGGGAGGUAAACUCUUGCAAAUCUGUUCUUUUAACAUACAGGUGCCUUUUACUUCGGUUUGUAAGUUGGUUGACACCCUUUCUGUUUUUUUUUUUGUUGGGUGCUGUCUCAUUGUCAUGUAACCCUAAUUUUCUUAAAUUUGUACAACAUUUAGAAAUUAUUGUUAAUUUAAAACAUCUUAUUUAUACAGACUUGAGAUUUAUUUCCAAAGCAAUUUGAGAUUCUGUUUGGAACCUUUAAGCUUAUUUUUUUAUACAUACUUUUGAGAAAAUUAUGGCAUAUAAAUAUUUAUAACCAAAUUAAGAUACAUCCUUAAAUCUUCUUCAUCACCAAUAAUUAGUUCAUUGGUUUGGCAGCAAUUAUUUGUGCAAUGUCUUCUGUCUUGACAUAAUCAUCAGUUCAUUAGCCAACAUGCUACAUAUCCUGACCUUGAAACCUUAGUGCCGUCCUUUAAACAUUUAAGUGCCUAUUUCCUCACUGUGUAAGAAAAAUCCUUCCAUUUUACAAAAAAGUAAAGAUGAAAGAAGAGCAGUUUAGUUUGUCUGUUUGCAUUUAGAAGAGAACAAAACAGAUGGAGUGAGAUCAUUUUCAAGUUUCAGUCCUUUAGAGGAUUAAAUGAUAUUUUUCAGACUCAGACAAUCUGUCAGACUGUUUCAUUUACAUUUGCUGUAUACUGAGCAUUUAAUACUUCCUCUAUAUAAUCAUUAUGUACAAAUAAAUAUAGGAAUAACCCUGAGUCAUUCUGUUUUAACUGUCACAAAUUCAUUUUUCUAACAACAUUUAAAAUAAAAGUUGAACAAUCUGAUCUGAAACACCUAUAAUAGCAUUAUGUACAACACUGUCUUCUGCUUCAGUUUGUUUGCUGGUAAAGCUGUUUUAACCAGUAGCUUUUAGAAGUUGUGUAUUAUAUUGUGUAUUAUAUUGUAUAUAUGAUUAACAUGUAUAGUAUCAAUUUUGUACAUUGUACAGAGAAAGAUAUUAAAACAGUUUUAAAAUGA